CUCAGUCAUGAGACAAUGGAUAUUUUACAUGAUAGUCUCUCAGUUGAGUUGUCUUGGAGUCGUGUCGACCUCAGUGAAAACUAUAAAUUAAAAUCAUAUCAUGUAGCGCUUAUACAGAAGGGGACUCUACGACGACUCUACUUCGACUCUACUAUUUUUACUGGAGAUCUGGAAUCAAAGCAUGCUAAGGUUAAGGUUCCAGGCAUAAAGAUGGGAUAUUCUUAUGACGUAAAAUUUAAAACCUCCUAUAUUGAUCUCGAUUCGACAAAAGAAUUGUUUGCUGAGAAGGACUAUUCAUUCAGUACAAAUCCUUCAAAAACCAAAAUUCAUGACUGUUGUUGGGACAACGGAGUUGUCAAUUUUAGUUGGGAACCUGUCGAUGGAGCAAGAAAAUAUCAGUUGAUUAUAAAAGAUGAAUUUUUAAUGAGAAAUCUUAUUAGCGCUAACAUCAGCAAGGGUACAGAAGCAGAUGAUGGAUGCCAAGUUGAAGUUCAAAUGACAAAUGAGCUAUGUAUUGGCAGAGUGUGCAUGACAAAAGUAAUUACUUACACUGACAGCAAUUUAACAUCAGAAACCGACUGGAAAGCUCAUUUGAUCGGUGGAGAUCUUGUACCCAGGAAUGUAAAAGCAGUGACCAAUACUGAGAAUCCAGAACGUUACAUAAAUAUCACAUUUGACGCACCUCAUGAAGGCCAGGCAGAUCAAUAUAUUAUAGAAGCAAAACCACAGAAAGGGAAAAUCAAAAAGAUGAGCUCUAAAUCUAACUCAGUAACUUUCGAAUAUCUUAGAAAAGGAGUGGAGUACAUAUUUCAUGUGUCUGCGAUGCACAAUAAAAAAAUGAGUGCCGAAAGUCCCUCUAAUGCAAUCAAAACUGAAGGAGACAGCUCAGAUGCAAUGGUGAAUUUUGAGGGUGCUCAAGGAAAGUACGACUUGACAAAUGCAACAAUUUCUGGUUGCAAAACAUAUCUGAAUGUUAUCAUGGGAGAUGAUUUCGGCAAAGUAAGAGAUUUAGAAGAAAAGAUUACACCUAACCAGCUCAAUGACAGUCUGAUAUUAACUUGGAAAAUCCCAUCAUUUGACAAUAAAUCAAAUGAUUACAAAGUAGAGCACUAUACUGUUAAAAUACGAAAACAAAAUAAUAACGAGGAAAAAGAAUUCGAUGUACCAUUUAUCAAAGGACAGCAUGAGUACUCUACAGAGCCUCAUGAUUUAGAACUUGGUCACAUCUAUGACAUAUCAGUGGCAACCCUCUAUGAUGAUAUUGACAAGGAUUACACUUUUAUAUCCAGUGCUGUGAAAAAACUGAUUCAUGCUAGGCCUUGUAAACCAAAAAUAUUUUCCAACAUUGACGAUGAAAAUAAUGAACUGAGGUUGGAAUGGAAUGAUGUUCAAGGUGCAUUACAUUACGAAGUUGAUAUAUAUACAGACAACUCAGAAAGUCCGCUUUUCCAUAAUAACAUUGGAAAAAACAUCACUUGGAGACGAGAUUUUGAUGAAAGAUUUGGAUAUGGAACUUCCUAUAAAGCUGUAAUAAUGGCUGUUGGAGUUGAAAAUAAAACAAAUUCAUCAGAAACAUCCACAAAAACUAUCGGAGGAGAACUAGUGCCACGAAACGUGAAAGCAACAAUAAACGAAGAAAAAGUUACAGAUCCAAACACACAAGUAUUUUUAACAUGGGAGCAACCGACGCAAUCACCACACUCAUACAAAGUUUUAUUAGAUGACAAAGAAAUUAAUAAACGAAAUACCAAAUUUUAUGGCUUAUCUUGCUUGGUAUCUGGCUUAAAAUCCGGCACAGAUUACCUAUUUAAAGUUGUUGGAGUUCAUUUGUUAAACAAUAUAGAAGUUCGCAGUGGAGGAUGUUCAUCGAACAAAAUACAAACAAAUCCAACUCCCACGCAAGUGAAAAACUUGUUUGGCACGCUUGGAGAGAACCCAAGUACAAUGAUUCACAUCAAAUGGGAUAAAGUUGAUGCAGAAAGACCAAAUGAGUCAACAAAGUACCGGGUUUGUGUUACUACAGAAGAUAGAAAAGACGAAAAGAACUACAGAGGAGUAUAUGUCACUACCGAGGAAGUGAUUCUUACUGGACUGGAACCUGCAACUACUUAUUCUUGCAUAGUCGCAGGUGGUAACUCACUUGGAUAUGGAAGAAAUUCAGAACCAUAUGAAAUAAGUACAAAAUUUGGGACUCCAAAGCGUGUUCAACUUUCAGUAAAAGAUAACUCAACUUCAAAUUCACUGAUAUUGAGCUUUCUACAUGCUGAGGGAAAUGCAAAACAAUACAUUGCUGUGAUGUACAAACACCAGGAUACUGUAAAAUAUCAGGUCAUUGGACCCGUUUCCGUUGAAUCUGGAUAUAUUUUUGAAGGUUUAUAUUCAAAUUCAACCUAUUCAGUAAAAGUGCAUGGCGUGUUUGCAACUGGAGAAGGCGAUGCAAUCUGGUCCAAUAACUAUACAACAGCCCCUGCAAGAACAGAAAUCACGGAAGCUGUUUGCACGGUUGAUAACGAAGGAAAUUCGAGUUCAAGAGAAAUCAAUAUAAAAUGGAAACCUGAUUCUGAAUGCAAUGAACAUGAAGUCCGUAUCAAACGUGGUCAUUAUAGUGUAAUAGAAAGUCGGCUUAUAGUGCAAAAUACAAAUGAGUUGGUUUACCCAUGCUUACAUGAAGCAACACAAUACGUGGUUGAAGUGAGAUCAAAAAAUAAGCAAUGCUAUGGGGAAUGGUCUAAACAAGCAAUAGUCGAAUUAGCACCAACUAAACUAGAGAAUGUCACUGCAAGUUUGGAAGAAGAAGGAAAUCGCAUUGUGGUGCAAUGUAGUGUUGCUGAGAAGGAUUGCCCUUUCUAUUUUGUACAGGCAUAUUGCAAUGGAGUAUUGGAGGGAAGCCCAUUCGAAGCUUAUGGCAAUGCGGAUAAAAAAGUGGCUGAGGUUAAUUUCAAUCCGAAAGUACCAGCAGAAAAAUAUCACUUUAUAAUGUGGGGUGAAAAUUCGAGAAAAGUCAGAGGGAAAGCUUCUCGUUCCGAAACUGUAUUAUCAAGGCCAGAGAAAGGCAAAGUUCCUGUUGUAAAUUUGAAUGAUGAGAAUCCGAGCACAGAAAUUCAAAUAGAAAGGCGAGCUCAAGAAAGAUGUGAAAAAUAUGAACUUAGGAUCUGCUGUGCUGAUGAAAAUAAACUAGAAAACAUAUUGAUAUUCGAUACAACUUUAUGCCAGUAUAUAUGUCAAUGCCCCGGAAGCAAAUACAAAGUGGCAGUCAGGAGUAUUUGUGGAACAGUGAAAGGGGACUGGUCGAAUGAAUGUGAAAUUAAUUUGGCACCGAGUGACGUGAAAUUGCUUGAAGACGAUUGUCAAGAUCCUGUGAGAUUUGUUGAGAUCAAGUGGGAACCACUGAAACACAAACCAGAAAAAUAUGUUGUUAAAUUGUUUGGAGGGCAGGAAAAACUUGCUACAGAGGAAACAGACAAAACUGAAUUUAGGUUUGAAGGAAUAGCCAAACCAGGGUCACUAUGCUACUGUACCGUGACAGCAAUUAGAGAAAAAGCAAUUGGCAAAACUUCAAAAUCGAAGAACUAUCGAAUAAUGUGGUCAAAGCCAAGCUACUUCACAAUUAUGCCAGAUGAAAAUAAUCCUUCUCAAUGUGCUAAUAUGAAAUGGGAAAAACCAUAUGGGGCGAACUGCUUCAAGCUUCAAAUUGAAAACAACCUAACUGGUGUUUCUUCUGAGAUAUUACUUAAAAAUGACAACUAUGCCUACCGAAGUGGCAUACCUGGAAACAGAUACACAGUCAGAUUGUACUGUGGCUGUGACUCACAUUAUGACUUGAACUUCAGUCUAGAGACAAUGAUUAUGAAACCAGAAGCGCCCACUAAUAUUGUGGUUACUCCAAAUGGUGAUAUCCAUGGCUUCAUAGUAGAAUUCAAAGACAACUCUAUAUUUCAAAAAAAAUAUGAGGUUACAGCAGAACCACUACAAAAAGCAUUGGAAAAGAAAAGCAUUGACACAAAUCAACACAAGGUAGCGUUAAAAGAUUUGGUUGCUGGAGAAUCCUAUUCUAUAAAUGUCACGGCUAUAGUGGAAGAUACAAAGAGUGAGGCAGCAGUGAACGACGGAUAUGUGAAAACCUUGCCAGAAAAAAUCCAAAACUUAGAAUCAGAUUUUGAUGAAACAAUUGGAGCUGUUAUUUUCAAGUGGGCUGCUCUCAAAAUUGAGCCAGACGAAUACAAAGUGCAGUGGAGAGUGGGAAAUGAUACAAUAACAGAGGAUUUUACGCAUGAGCCAAUAUUUAAAAUUCGGUUUGUGAAACCUGCUCAUUGUUACAGUAUCCGAGUUGCUGCUACAAAUGAGUCUGGUUGUGGGAAGUUUAGCCAGUGGAAAACAUUCAUAACAGAUCCACUUCCACCCCGUAAUAUUCAAGUAAAGCCUAAUGAAAAGAAUCCAACAACAAGCAUGAUUGCAAAAUUUGACGACGAUUUUGAUAUUUUGAAAUCAUACAAGGUAGUAGCAAGCUGUACCUCUCCCAUGGUCAAGGACGUUAGAUCUGCAAUAACUAAAGAAUAUUCAUAUAUAUUCAAUGAUCUAAAAGCUGGUCAAACUUAUAAAAUUAAUGUCCAAACUCUGUUUUGUGGCAAAGAAAGUAAAUUUGCUUUCCAAUAAAAAGAUCUACAUUUAGUAUUAUUUUCAAUUGCUUAAAAUGAGCAUGAUUGGAUUUUAUAUACCGUAAAUUCACUUUGAAAUUACAAUACUUUUAUCUGCUUAUGUUGAUACAAGUAAGAUUUAUUUUGAUGAAAAUUUGAUUGAUUUACAUGUUUAUGUGUAUGUUACAAAGUUAUAAUUAAACCCUGAUGACUUUUCUAAUGCACCACCUGGUGAACCAUCUAUUAAUUUCUGUAUAAGGACAUUCUAUUAAAAUCCUACUGAACAAUAUUUGAAGUUAACGCUAUGUAGCCUAAUAUGUAUAACAUAUAUUCAUGUAUAUGUAUAUUUUCAUUCUAGUUUUAUAAUAUGUGCAGGGUAUGCAUUAUGUUUCAUAAUAUCACCCCAUAAAUCAUGCACUGGAACAUCAUAUUGCAUUCAACAUGUACUGGCAACAGUACAGAGAUGUAUCUUAUGUAUUUUACCACAGUAUCACAGUUUAAUAUUGCUUAAUAUAAGUUUUUUUUAUUUAUAUCUGUACUAUGUUAAUUUUCAUUGCUCAAAUAAUGCCUAUGCUUUUUUUUUCUAAAUAUUCAAUUGUAAUCAUUGAAUACUUGUACCGGUAUGUAAAUAUUGCAGAAUUACAUAUAAUACUGUAGAAUUAACUGCAAACAUGAAUGAAAGUGCUGUGGAAACAACUGAAGCAAAACGCUUCAAUUGCAGUCCAGCGGAUAUAUUGUAUAUCACAACAAAAACUAUGUAGCUUUAUAUACUACUUUAUAUAUGAUAUGUUCCUUGUGAGCUCUAAAUAAAACCACUAUUCCAGAAGACCAUUUACAGCUAUUCCUAUAUAAAAAUACGCCAAUUCAAAAAUCAGCCUUAUAAUCGGGAAUAUAUGUCCAAAAUAUAAAAAAUGAAUGGAAAUUAUUGAUUUAUGCAUUGUGAUAAUAGUUUGUGUAAAAUUGUGAUCACCAACUCCUGUUAGUACAAUGAAUUGGAUUAUUUAGCUAAAAAUUUUGUGACCGUUUCAAAUAAAUUUGCGAAGAGGCUGAUUAAAAAAUCAAAAAUGCAAUUUUGACAAGACUGACUUUUAAGACUUUGUACUUGUUUCUUGUGGGUUCUAAUAAAACCAACAUUUAAUAAAAAAGCCAAUUUAAAAUUCAACCAAAAUUGUUGUAGAAAACAUUACUUGUGGAUGUUUGUACAGUUUCCAAUUUGAGUGAAUCUGCAAUUUUUAUUAAGAUUCAACUGUGCAUUUGCUCAGCCACAGCACUGUAGAUUACAAAUAGGAUAGGAUAAAAUUUACAUAUUUAUCCUGGGAGAGAGGAAAGCUGAUAAGGCCGCUUGUUCAUAUGGUGUAUUCAUUUAAUAGAAUAAUUACAUUCAUGUAGUUCUUUCAACUUUUGGUAUAUAUCUUGCUGUUGUCAGGUGAAUUGUUAUUAAAAAGUGCUUAUGUUAGGUUACCUUUUUUCAUUAUUUAAUUUUGAAAAUGAUAUUAUUUGUUGAUUGCAUUGUUACUGUAUGUUUUAUCAUUUUCAGAUCAUCAUUUCACUGCUUUUUCUAAAGAUUUCUGUAAACUAUGUUUAUGCCUGACACAUAAUUAGGAUAAGAUACCUAUAAUUUCAAAUAUAAAUUGUUUUGUAAAGUAAUUUUUUGGCACAAUGGACUUAAAUAUUUAUUUUGUCAACACUGGGUUGGUAUAUACUGAAGCUGUGCCAAGCUGAUAUAUAUUCUGUAAUUCCCUCUGGUCUCAUAUUUAACUUGGGUUGAUGAAAAAUGCAAAGAAUACCUAAAUUUUACUACUUAUCCAUACAAUGUUUUCUGAAGAAAUGAACGCUCUAUGAUGAGUACCUUAAAAGCAAAUCAAAAUUAAAAGUGUAUACUUACUUUUGAGACACCCUGUAUAUUCCGUCAUUCCAUUUGUUAACUGAUUCUAUCGUAAACCUGGUCAAUGUUCAUUGUUUGCUAAAUUCAUAUUCUGUUUCACACAUUUGUAGAUUGUGUUAUUCAGCUUGCUCACUAUGAUAAUCUGAAAGUAAAAUUAGUGUUUCAUUUUUGAUUAAAA